AUGCCUAGACCGAUAUGCAUUCCCACCGACAGUGACGAAGAAGCAAUGGAAAACCCACCACCCGUCCCCAACAACGCCGACAUUGUAGCGGCGGACAAAGCAAGAAACACCGUCAAUCCAACAACCCAGACCUAUCACUGUCGGACUAGGGCGUCGUUGAUUGCACCACCACCUUCCUCACCAUUAGUCGCGAGAGACACCCAGGGAGGCAAAACGCCUCAAGAAGACACCCCUUCCACCAGUCAUGGUCAGAAACGGCCAAGAACACCAUCACCACCACCAUCACCAAGCCCAGAGCGACAACCAGAGACACCCAUUGUCCCACCUCCCGCAAUCCACGAAGAAGGCGAAUUGCCCAGCGAUUUGCCCAAACCAACCCACCUUGAUCACAUCACUCAGACCCUGACGUUCAACAAGGCUUCUGAAUGGGCCAGGCUAGAUAGAGUUUCCUCUCUGCCCUACCACCCAGGACCUCUAACACCACGCCAUGAGCGUGUAUUCAUAAAGAAGAAGGCACAGCCUGCCCCAACAGAUGGGAUAGCAAGGGACACAGAACAAGCACCCCAAGUAGAUGAACCACCUCCUGUGGCACCACAGCAGGAAGCCAAUCAGGCCUCUGAAGAUGUAGUUCCAAACUAG